AUGGCUCGCAUUCUGCGUGGAGGAAGCUCAAGCGGCCACGGUGGUGGCAGCAGCAGCAGCAGUGGCAGUCAUGGUUCGACUGCCGGGGCUGCGGCUGUUGGUGCGAUUGUUGGCUCUCACUCUAGUGGAUCAGGCCACUCUUCAGGGCACGGCGGUUGCAACCACGCCUGCAAGAUCUCGCUCAUCGUGGUGGGGUCCAUCGCUGGCGCCAUCAUUCUGCUCACACUCAUUUUCGCCUGCAUCGGCUCCUGGUACGACUGGAAGAGUACGCGCCCUAUUCAUCGGCACUUCCGCCGGAACAAGCGGCCGGCGGAUCAGCUCGCGCCCGCGGGCGCUGACGCCACGGCUGACCCCAUGGCGAAGAACGACGCGCCCGCGGGUGCGGAUCCGCUCGCAAAGAUGGCCACCCCAGGCCACGAGUUGAGCGCACUGAAGGCGGCCACCCCUAAGCCGAUCGGUUGA